CUCAAUUUCGCUUAUACAGUUCUUGUUUCUUUUUAUUUUCUCAUUCCCUUUUUAUUUUCCAUAAACCCAAAAACCUAAAAGAAUCACUGAGAGAGAAGAUUACAACUCCAUCACUAAUGGAGUUCUUCUGACCAGCCUCUAUCUCUCUCUUUGAUAACCACAAACGAUCACUAUCUAUCUUUUUAAUUUCUUUUGAGGUUUUUUUGGUUGAAAUUUAUAACGAAUCUAACAGAAUUCUUGAAUUUUUUAAGACGAUAAUGGCUGGAUCAGACGAGAACAAUCCGGGUGUGAUCGGACCCGUUAAUGUACAAGGGGGUAUUCGGGCUGGAGUUGGGAAGUUUACGGCGGCGCCGACAGGAAACAACCGCCGGGCGCUGGGUGACCUCAACCGGAAUGUCAUUCUACCUUAUCCCUGUGGAGUCAACAAAAGAGGUUUAUCAGAGAGGCAAGGAUUAUGUGGGAAGGCCGCACCUAUACCUGUGCAUCGACCAAUUACUAGGAAGUUUGCUGCCCAACUUGCUAACAAUAAUAAGCAGCAACAACUACCAAAACCAGAGGAAAUCAAGAAGGCAGCUCAGUCAAUCCCAAUAGUAAGCGAAGAAUCAGACGAUUGCACCAUCAUAGAUGCAGAAGAUGAUAAGGGUGAUGAGGAUUUCUCCGCGCCCAUGUUCGUUCAACACACUGAAGCAAUGCUGGAAGAGAUUGACCGCAUGGAUGAGGUUGAAAUGGAAGAUGUGGUUGAAGAGACUAUUGUGGAUAUAGACAGUUGUGACAAGAAAAAUCCACUAGCGGUUGCGGAAUACAUUGAUGAUAUCUAUGAAUUCUAUAGGAAAGCUGAGAUAUCCUCCAGUGUCUCACCGGACUAUAUGUCACAACAAUUUGACAUUAACGAGAGGAUGAGAGGCAUACUUAUCGACUGGUUGAUUGAGGUGCACUACAAGUUUGAAUUGAUGGAUGAGACUUUAUAUCUUACUGUCAAUCUCAUUGAUAGAUUUUUAGCUGUUCAACAAGUAGUGAGAAAGAAACUCCAGCUGGUUGGAGUUACUGCCAUGCUUCUUGCAUGCAAAUACGAAGAAGUAUCAGUUCCUGUAGUUGAGGAUCUCAUCGUGAUUUCCGACAAGGCGUAUAAAAGAAAAGAAAUCAUUGAUAUGGAGAAGCUGAUGGUGAGCAUACUGGAGUUUAAAAUAUCAGUUCCAACUCCAUUUGUAUUCAUGAGAAGGUUUCUAAAAGCAGCUCAAUCUGACAAGAAGCUCGAGCUUCUAUCAUUCUUCAUCAUAGAGCUGUGCUUAGUUGAAUAUGAAAUGCUCAAGUUUCCAUAUUCUCUGUUAGCUGCUGCUGCUGUUUACACUGCUCAGUCCACUCUUAGUGGAUAUAGGCAUUGGAGCGAGACUAAUCAGUGGUAUACUAAUUACUCAGAAGAGCAAAUUCUGGAAUGCUCAAGGCUUAUGGUUAGGUUUCAUCAGAAUGCAGCAAGUGGGAAGCUGACUGGCGUACACAGGAAAUACAGUACAUCAAAGUUUGGAUUUACAGCUAGAACUCAGCCUCCUAGCUUUUUAUUGGGUGCCACCAGAUUCUAGAGCAUGAAGUGUUUUUGGGGGUGGUAGAUUUCCUGAUAGAGCAACUCAAGUUGCCUCUUUGAGCUAUAUAUAUAUUGUAUUUUUUUUUCAUGUUUUUUUGUUUUAAGUUUGAACAUAGCAAAAUGAUGCUGUGCAGGAUGAACUGUUUUUUUUCUCUUUUUCUCCAAGAGCUAAGUAAAUUUUAAUAUGUGAAAUAUUGGAUAAUUAAUUCACGAACCCAUCUAUUAGAAAGCCCAUUUAUUUUCUUGA